AUGCAGCUUUUGAGCAGAUUAAUGACUAUUUCAAAACAUCAAAACCUGACUUAUAAACAAAAUGAGGUCCUAGGAACACAGGUGUUUUGUCAACAGAAAGGCAUUCCUGUCCUGCAGAUGUAUGACUCAGAGGACUCUCGUCAAAAAUUUAGACAUUUAAACUAUUUGGAACUUUCUGGACCACAUGAAGCCCUGAGCCAACUCUGGGAGCUCUGUCUUCAGUGGCUAAGACCAGACAUUCAUACAAAGAAGCAGAUCCUAGAACUUUUGGUGCUGGAACAAUUUUUGACAAUUCUGCCCGAAGAGGUCAGGAUUUGGGUGAAUUUACAACAUCCAAAGAACAGCAGCGAUGUGGUGACCUUCUUAGAGGAUGUGAUUGAAACACUUAAUGUCAAAGGUCUGUCCUGUAAUGAUUCUGUCAUGCUCCAGAAGAAUAUCAAGAAUAAAGAAAUGGAAACGAAUUCACAAACAGGCAUAUGUCAGGAACCAGUGACAUUCAAAGAUGUGGUUGUGGAAUUCAGCAAGGAAGAGUGGGGACAACUGGACCCUGCUGUAAAGAACCUGUACAGGGAUGUGAUGCUGGAGAACUAUAAGAACCUGAAUUUAUUGCAUAAAGAACAUCUACUUCCCAAGCCAGUUGAGGUCUCCAGAUUGGACAACAAGGAAAAAAAUUGGACAAUGGAAGAAGUUCCACCAAAAAUUGAUUUGGAUACAAAAAUGAUUUUAGAAGGUCAAGAUUCAGUUCCAAAAUUGAGAAUUUCUGGAGAAGAAUUCUCUCAAGUGAUUAUGACCAGGCAGACUGAGAGUGCAGACCCUUUGGAUGCUUGGAAAAGUCAUGAUUGGCUACAUAGGAACCAAAAACUUUGGGACAUAAAUUUGCCACAAGAAUCUUUUAUUCUUAAGACAGAAGAAACACCUGUGAAAAGGGAGUCCUUAGAUUGUGACAACUUCAAACCCAACUUUAAUAAGCACUCAGUAAAUAAGCAACAUUCAGAUGAUGAUGAAUAUGGAAAUGCUGUCAUCCUACAUACAGAUGUUCAACACCCCAAAAAUUCCCCUGUUACAUAUUCUUAUAAAUGCUAUCAGUGUGGAAAAGCUUUUAACCGGGGUUCAUCUCUUAUCCGACAUCAGAUCAUUCACACUGGAGAAAAACCCUACAAAUGUAGUGAAUGUGGGAAAUUAUUCAACCGGAGGACAAACCUUACUAAACAUCAGAAUAUUCACACAGAAGCAAAGGUCUAUGAAAGCAAUAAAUAUGAAAAUGUCUUCAGGAAGAGUGAAGACAGUUAUAAAAAUACUAAAGUUUAUCAUGGAGAUAAUUCUUAUGAAUGUGGUAUUUGUGGAAAAUCCUUCAACCGAAGUUCCUCCCUUAUUCGGCAUCAAAUAAUUCAUACAGGAGAUAAACCAUUCAAAUGUAAGGAAUGUAAGAAAACCUUUAAUAGAAAAUCAAAUCUUAUGAAACACCAGAAAAUUCAUACUCGGGAAAUUCUGUGA